AUGGCUGCCCGUCUUCCUGCUGCUCUCCAGGCCACCGAGGAGGACAUCUCCCUCCUCCUCCAGGCUCAGGCCCACAUCGGCACCAAGAACGUCGAGAAGAAGAUGGAGCCCUACGUCUGGAAGCGCCGCGCCGACGGCAUCAACGUCCUCAACGUCGGCAAGACGUGGGAGAAGAUCGUUCUCGCCGCCCGCAUCAUCGCGGCCAUCGAGAACCCGAACGACGUCUGCGUCAUCUCGGCUCGCCCUUACGGCCACCGCGCCGUCCUCAAGUUCGCCGCCAACACGGGCGCCCAGGCCAUCGCCGGCCGCUUCACCCCGGGCAACUUCACCAACUACAUCACGCGCUCGUUCAAGGAGCCGCGCCUGAUCAUUGUCACGGACCCGCGCGUCGACCACCAGGCCAUCCGCGAGGCGUCGUACGUCAACAUCCCCGUCAUCGCCAUCUGCGACACCGACUCGCCCCUGUCGUACGUCGACGUUGCCAUCCCGGCCAACAACAAGUCGAAGCACUCGAUCGGCCUCAUCUGGUGGCUCCUCUGCCGCGAGGUCCUCCGCCUCCGCGGCUCCAUCUCGCGCGCCCCGGACGCGUGGCCCGUCAUGGUCGACAUGUUCUUCUACCGCGACCCGGAAGAGAUCGAGCGCGAGCAGGAGGCUGCCGCCGCCGCCAAGGCCGCCCCGGCCGCCGAGGAGCCCGCCGCGCAGAGGGCGUCAGCGAGUGGGAGAUCAGCGGCUCCAACACGGCCAUCGCCGCCGCCGCGUCGUCCAACGUCCCCGCCACCGAGGCCGGUCCCUCUCGACUGGUCGGCCGAGGCGCCUACGUCCGACUGGGCCGCCGCCGAGUAA